AUGGCAACUGCAGAAGCAGUACCGAAGGAAGUUGUUACUGCGAAACCUGAAGCUACGGCGGAGCCACCACUUGCGUCGGCGGCGAUGGAGAAGCCAAGCAAUGUGUUGGAGAAUAAAUCUGUUAUUCCGAUGCCUCACGAGAAAGUCGAUGAUUCCAAAGCUCUUGCCGUCUCCGAAAAGGCUCCAGAACCUUUACCAAAGAAAAGCUCAAAAGGAUCCCUCGACAGAGAUAUUGCUCUUGCUAAGCUUGAAGGUGAUAAGAGAUUGUCGUUUAUCAAGGCGUGGGAGGAAAGUGAGAAAAGCAAAGUGGAGAAUAAGGCACAAAAGAAGCUCUCUGAGGUUUCAUCAUGGGAAAACAGCAAAAAAGCAGCUCUUGAAGCCCAACUAAAGCAAUUUGAGGAACAAUUGGAGAAGAAGAAAGCAGAUUAUGCAGAAAAAGUGGGAAACAAAGUAGCUCUCGCUCACAAGCAAGCAGAAGAGAAGAGAGCUAUGGUUGAAGCACAACGAGGAGAAGAAAUUCUCAAAGCAGAGGAGAUGUCUGCAAAAUUUCGUGCAACCGGGCAUGCUCCUACAAAGAUUCAAGAUAUGACUUGA